AUGGGUGUCCCAAAAACUCAACAAUCCAGCCAAGCGGCCACUCAAUCCGCUGGACCAACGGAAACAUUGGCACGUGGAAUCCGUGCGAUCUUCAUCGGACCACCGGGAUCCGGAAAGGGAACUCAGGCGCCGGCGUUCGCUUCGAAAUACUUCUCAUGUCAUUUGGCGACUGGCGAUUUGCUCCGCGCCGAAGUGGCCUCCGGUUCCGAGUUCGGAAAAGAAUUGAAGGCGACAAUGGACGCCGGAAAGCUCGUCAGCGAUGACGUCGUCUGUAAGCUCAUCGAGCAAAAGUUGGAGAAGCCCGAGUGUAAAUACGGAUUCAUUUUGGAUGGAUUCCCACGUACCAGUGGACAAGCUGAGAAGCUCGACGAGAUUCUCGAACGCCGAAAGACGCCAUUGGAUACUGUCGUCGAAUUCAACAUUGCCGAUGAUCUCCUCGUCCGUCGUAUCACCGGACGCCUGUUCCAUAUCGCUUCGGGACGUAGUUAUCAUUUGGAAUUCAAGCCACCAAAGGUCCCAAUGAAGGAUGAUAUCACCGGAGAGGCUUUGAUCCGUCGUUCCGAUGAUAAUGAGGAGACGCUUAGAAAGAGAUUGGUUCAGUAUCAUCAGAUGACUGUUCCACUCGUCAACUACUACCAGAAGCACGGUGUCCACGUCGCUGUCGACGCCGCCAAACCAAUGGCCGACGUCAAGGCUCAUAUCGACUCGGUGUUCGCAAAAUUCACCCAGAAGAAGGUAUCGACGAAAUGA